AUUCAACCUCCUGGGGAAGCUAAUCGUAACUGAUUUAAGUGCCGACUAUAAUUAACGUAUUGUAGGACCAGCAAAAAUACCAUUCACUACCAUCUUAAACUGUAUCACAGAUAUUUGUGAAAUUUACUAAUUUAGAUAAAUACAUUUAUUCUGUCAUGGAUCGAAUACUUGAAAUCUCGUCAGUUUUUGUGGAUCUAUUUAAUUCUAUUGCUGGAGCAGCAAACCCAAUUACAGAAAUUAGUAUCAAAGAGGGAAAUAAUAGUAAUCUAGAUGAUGAUUCUGUAGAAAUCCCAUCCCAUUUGCGUGAAACCACUGAAGAUUAUAUUCAAAAAAUGUUAACUGCAUGUAAUGCCAGUUCAGGAGCACAAUCAUCUGGAUCCCAGCAAGGAAUACGUGUUAAUGAAUUUAAACCUAAUCUUGACUGGCUUAAUUGUGAAGGUCCCUUACUAUUUCAAAAACAUUUACGUGGAAAAUUGGUACUACUGCACUUUUGGACUUAUUGUUGUGUUAAUUGCCAACAUAUGAUUCCAAUACUAGAAAAAUUAGAAAAGAAAUUUACCAUUGAGCAAGGACUUGUUAUUAUAAGUGUUCAUAGUGCAAAAUUUACUCAAGAACUUCUUAGUGGAAAUAUACAACAUGCUGUUAAAAAAUAUGGAAUUAAACAUCCUGUAGUAAAUGAUACAGAAUCAACUAUGUGGAACGAUCUUGCAUGUUGUUGUUGGCCAACAUGUAUUUUAGUGGGGCCCUUAGGUGAACCGAUGUUGGUUGUGCAAGGAGAACAAUUUCAUAGCAAACUAUUACAAACUUUUAUUUCUUCUUCACUUGAAAUUUUAAAAGCUGCAGAUCUUAUAAGUAACCAUAGAAUAAAAGAAUUACAAGUUGGGUCUCAAUAUUCGGGCAAUGGUGGCAAAAGCACAGUUUUGCCAACUAUCUUAAGCCCUUUUCUUUAUCCGGGAAAAGUCACUGCUACUGUUUGUCAAAAAAAUAGUGGUAAUAGAAAUCAAGGAAAUUCGGAAAUACUAAUGGCCAUUUCUGAUAGUGGACAUCACCGAAUUAUUGUGUGCAAUAUUCGUGGACAUGUGAAGCAUGUUAUUGGUGGAGGUCAUAAUCCAAAUAAACCAUCAGCUGAAAAUCAUGGUUUUCAAGAUGGAGGCUUUAGAGAAGUCUUAUUUAAAAAUCCACAAGGGCUUUGUUUUGGAGAGAACCAAAACAUUUUAUAUGUUGCAGAUACUGAUAAUCAUGCUAUUAGAGCUAUCGAUUUGAAAUUGAAAACUGUCAAAACAAUAGCAGGGAAUGGACGAAUGCUUUUGCCAGCUAGCACUGAUUUUAAAUCUUCAGCUGCUAGUAGUAAUCCAAACUCAGGACUAUGUCCUUUUGGAGGUGCAAUGUGGACUCAACAAUGUUUAAACACCCCUUGGGAUGUGUUGUAUGUUGACCGAUUACGAGCAAUUAUUAUUGCUAUGGCCGGUACACAUCAAUUAUGGGCAUUAUUUCUUGAUAAAACCACUCAAGGAACUAAUAAAUCAAAAUGGUGUGGUAAAGGUUUGUGUGUUUGUGUGGCUGGAUCCGGCAAAGAAGAGAACAGGAAUAAUUCCUAUAAUGCUCUUAGGGCUUCAUUUGCUCAACCAUCUGGUCUAUGUUUAGCUGUAACUGGUGGAUCUAGUGGAUAUCUUGGUUAUCAACCACAAAAUGAAGGUCAACCUCCUCCCUACAAUUAUCACCAAAAUCUAUCAAUAUUUGUAGCAGAUGCGGAAUCAUCAACAGUUAGACGUGUUUAUUUAGAUACAGGAAGUAAUAAUAGUUCAAGUGCAUCAGCAAGCACUCGUUGUUGUACAAGAGUGUUGAAUGUAUGUGGAGGAUCACCAGACCCAACAGAUUUAUUUAGCUAUGGAGAUAUAGACGGGCCAGCUGGUACUAACAGCCGUCUUCAACAUCCAAUGGCUGUUGCAUGGAAUAGAAAAAAAAAUACACUUUAUGUGGCUGAUACUUAUAAUAACAAAGUGAAAUGUGUUACUGGUAUAGUUGGAGGACCAAUUCAAAAUCAGAACUCUACUGAUCCUGGCUCAAAUGCAAAAGGAAAUGUUCAUGCUUUACCACUACCAGUUAAAUUGAAUGAACCUAAUGGCUUAUAUUAUAUUGAAAGUGGAAAUGGUACAAAACGAGAUGAGCCUAAUAGUGAAGUAGAAAAUUUAUUGCUAAUAGCCAAUACAAAUUCACAUAAUAUUUACAUUUAUAAUUUUAACACUUAUGUCAUUAAAAAGCUUCAAUUGGAAUUCCCAUUGAUAUAUGAAACUAAAAAUGUAGUAGGAAAUGCUCAUGUACUCCUUUCAAACAAUGGAAAUUCUCCUGCUCAGUUAAUGGUUCGUGGCAAAGUAUCAUGGCCAAUGCAUGGAUUAAAUGAGGAUAACAAUUCAGACUCUCCUCCUCUAAAGUGGAUUCUACAGCUACCAGAUAACACGUGGGAAUCAAAGGAAAUUAAAAGUGCAGCUAAUGAUUUCAAAUAUUUGAUAAGGAUACCAGUCAAACAAAGAGAAGAAAAAGAAAUUGAAGUUGAUAAUGAAAGAGAUGAUGAUUUAGAAGGAGAAAAUGGUGAAGGUAGUUCAGAUGAAGAUCCUCAACUAGUUAUCUUAAGAUGUGAAACUAGUAUAUGUACUACAGAUCCAAAUGCGGGAUCUGUGUGCCUGCCUGUUCAGUUUGACUUUGUAGUUGAAGUACGUUUCUCUAAUAGUAAAGAUGCUCCAUUAGCAGCAGAUGCAUAUUUUCCUUAUACAGUUCAAGUACCCACUACAGGAUUAAAUUUGAAUAACUCUAAAAGUCUUGUGACACUAAAUGACAAUUGCGAAAAUUGAAAAAAUAACUUGUAUUAAUGUUUUAUAACUUUUAAUAUUAUUUUUAUAUGAAGAAACAUACUCUGUAUAUAUAUAUUUAAUAAAUAAUUAAUUUACUCUAAA